GCUCUCGCUCUCUCUCUUUCUCUCUCGUUUUCCAGUCGCUGUGACUAGAGGCAAAUAACGGAACCAGUUAGACCGUAAAUUGCUUGACAGUUUUAAGUUUAAAUUGUUUGAUACCGUAGUUCGGAAAAGGUUUAGUCUAAUAAUAAUAACCCCGUGUCCACCUUUAAAACUCUAAACACUGUCUCUUUAAGAGGGUUUAGCCUAUACCUACCGACCUCCUGGCUCCUGUUGAUCCGACAGUAUUUCCCCAUACAUUACUGUUCUUCUGUGCCUGCUGCCAUCUGCGCUUUACUUUAUUCUUAACGGUUUAUUUAUUUAUUCACUUUGGAAACUUGAAGAAGCUCAAACAUGGCAGAGGUAGGGAAAGGAGUCAACGCCGGGAAACUGGCCAGUAAUGUACAGAAGAGGUUAACCCGAGCACAAGAGAAGGUGAUGCAAAAGCUGGGUAAGGCGGAUGAAACGAAAGACACGGCCUUUGAGGAGGGAGUGGUCAACUUUAACAAGCAGCUGGUCGAUGGCACCAAACUGCAGAAAGACUUGAAAGCGUAUUUGGUGGCAGUCAAAACCAUGCACGAGUGUUCAAAGCGUCUGCAUGACUGUCUGGCAGAAAUGUACGACCCCGAGUGGUUUGGCAAAGAGGAGGUGGACUCCAUCGCAGAGGAGAUGAUAGAGAAAGAAAUGGAUAAUAAUUUAGAGGACACUGACCUCCUGUGGCAAGAUUUCCACCAAAAUCUGACUGACAAUGCCCUCAUUUCCAUGGAUGCAUACUUGGCUCAAUUUCCAGACAUAAAGACUCGCAUUGCUAAGCGUGACAGGAAGCUGGUAGACUUUGACAGUGCCAGACAUCAUUUCGCUUCUAUACAGAAAGGCAAGAAAAAGGAUGAGGCCAAAAUUGCCAAGCCUCUGACUCUGGUGGAGAAGGCGGCUCCCGGCUGGGCUCAGGGAAUAAUCACAGCACACCAAUUCGCUCAAACUAACCUCUCAAGAAACCAGGCUGAGGAAGAGUUGGGGAGAGCUCAGAAGGUAUUUGAGGAGAUUAAUUAUGAUCUCCAGGAGGAACUUCCCACCCUGUGGAACAGUCGUGUUGGCAUCUAUGUUAACACAUUCCAGAGUGUAGCCGGCCUGGAGGAAAAAUUUCACAGGGAGAUGGGCAAACUGAACCAGAAUCUAAGUGAUGUUAUGACCAAACUGGAUGAGCAGCGUCUAGCCAAAAAAGGUGUCAAGACAGCAAGCAUUGGGAAGAGCGAAGAAGCAGCCAACCACAGUCCCUCAGAUUCUGGGUCAGACGCCCCUAAAUCACCACAAAAGUCCAGAGAGGGACCGCCGGUCUCACAGCCCCCAAGGCCUGCUUCGCCUCAGGAGGUGAAAGAGGAAAACAUCAUUAACCUGUUUGAGGAUGCAGUGGUGCCUGACAUUAACAUUUCGACCCAGCCACAGGGGGCUUCGUGGAGUUUAUGGGAGCCUGGUCAGACCCCCGCUGCAGACCCCUCUCAGGACUCCGAUGAUAAAGCUGGCGCUCAGACGAAUGAAGCCUCUCCGUGGGAUGAUGAGGUCACUCCUGCCGUAGAGCCGAAUGAACCCCCCAGCUGGCAUGAGCAGGACAGUGUGUCUGCGCAGUCAGGCUGGGUCAGUGAGACUGCUGCGACUGCAGAGGCUGGAGACUGGGAGGACAGGGGUGUGGAGUGCUGGGGCGAGGAAGGGUCCCAGGUAGGGCAAGAGCAGGACGCAGAUAUAAACUGGGGCAGUGGUACGGCUCAGGCUUGGGAGGAGGAGUCAAAGCUGCCUCAGUGGGAGGAGCUUCAAAGUAAUGAAGCUCCAACAGUGACAAAUGGCUCAUCAGAUGCAGAGCUUCCUCCGUCUGUUCUUUAUAAGGUGAAAGCAAUGCAUGACUACGGAGCAACAGACAGUGAUGAACUUGACCUGAAGGCUGGUGAUAUUGUGCUUGUGCUUCCCUUUGCCAACCCAGAUGAACAGGAUGAUGGCUGGUUAGUGGGCGUAAAAGAGACACACUGGCUUGAGAAUAAAAACCUCCUAGUAAAAGGAGUCUUCCCUGAAAACUUCACGCAGAAACUGUGAGCGGAACAGCCACCUCACAACCACCUGUUCUUAUCCUUCGUUUUCUCACCACUCUACUGUGAUGACAUUUUUUAUAAAACAUC